AGACUUGACUUCGCGUUUGAAAGACAAGUCAAACAUUAAAUCUUUAUAAAAAUGCUUCAUAUGAUAGUCCGGAUGUUGUUAUUGUCGCUAACAUUAACCGCAUAUGUAUUCACCCAAAUGGUCAUCAAAGACACGCCGAUGUGUCGCUUACAUCCCGUUCAGAAGAUCGCGCUCAGGAAUGUCCGCUCAGAAAGAGUCGGUCAUAACCCAAAUGUAUUACAAGACCUGAAAAUGUUGGCCCAAUUCUACGAGACCUGUGUCUUACAGAACGAAGGCUUUCGGUUCAAGAAAUCGUAUCUCAACUGAAAAUCAAUGUCUAAUAUAUUUGUCAAAUCCAUUGCUCUUUAAUUAUACCCACAAUUUUCUGGUCAAUUCAAUCAUUAAAUGUAUUAUAAAUUUAGAAAAUAACUCAUUAUACUUAAGCCAAACGAUUGUAUUAAUAAUAAAAUGUUGUGUCAAUAAUUAAACAUUAAAUAAACAGC